AUGUUAUCAUCACUUUCAAAAUUCGUUACUUAUCCUCGAUUAUCAUUGUCUCUAGUAAAACAACAAUAUUUAUUUGCAUCAUCGAAAGCUGAUUCCACAUCGCCAAAAACAGGCGAUACACGUGAAUCUGGCACAAAAGAUAUACAUAAACCAACAAUUGAUGCAUCUCAUCAAUCGGGUAAAAAAAGUAAACAAGAACGUAUUGCAUGGGAAAAAGAAGAACAAGGUGUUUCAUCUGAUAUACAAACACGUCAAAUACGAAUACCUCCUGAUGAAAAACGGGACGUAAAAACAAAAACAUCGAAGAAAUAG